AUGCAACCCCAAAGAAGCCCACAAGCAACGCCAUGGGACGAGCGAACGGACUCCCCAGAUCAACUCACACAAGACGAUAAGGCGGAACUCGGAAGCACACAUGAAAUCGAUCCUCAUGGUUCAGAACACGUUCGCAGAGGAUUCCUCCCGUGGUUAUGUUUGAUUCCAGCCUUGAAGGAUCCUAGGCAAUAUACCCCGGGGAUGAAGUGGGGAUUGACCUUUAUUGUCGCGAUGGGAGGACUGGUUGUUCCGCUGAGUAGCGGUGUUUUGUUCCCCUGCCUGAUAGAGAUCUCCCAGGAUAUGAAUACCUCCGUGUCGGUGGUGAACUUAUCUAUCGCUUUUGGCUCACUCUCUGUCGCUAUCACUCCCUUGUGGUGGUCAUACCUCGCAGAGCUCUAUGGUCGUCGACUGGUAUAUAUCUCAUCCUUCUUAUUGCUUGGACUUUUUAGCAUUCUGUCUGCUAUCAGCCCCAACAUCGGCAUGUUCAUCGCCAUGCGACUCCUCGGAAGUGCCUCGAGUGCAUCCCUUCAAGCCGUCAGCGCCGGUACCAUUUCCGACCUGUUCGAAGCGAAAGAACGUGGUAAGGCCAUGGGAGCCUUCAUGCUUGGUCCAAUGCUAGGACCCAUGUUUGCCCCCAUCAUCGGUGGCGCACUCACCAUGAAUUGGAGUUGGCGUAGCACCCAGUGGUUCAUGGUCAUCUAUGGCUGGGCCGUGUUCGUGGUGAUGGUAUUCUUUAUGCCGGAGACAGCUACGAACCUCGAAGAGAACCGCCGUCAAAACCGAAAUGAUGCCAGUAGCCCGGCUAAGAAAGUCGGCUACUUCCUCCUCAAGCCCAUGGAAGCUGCUAAACUCCUCCAAUACCCUCCUAUCCUUAUUACGGUUUAUUACACCAGUAUCGUCUUCGCUACAUACUACCUCAUCUGUGUCUCCAUCGAAGACACCUUCGCUCUGCCACCAUACUCCUGGAGCUCUGUUAUCGUUGGUGUGGCUUAUAUUCCCGGUGGUCUGGGCCUACUCUGUGGAGCGAUCGUUGGCGGCCGCUGGCAGGAUUAUAUCAUGGCGCGGACCGCGAAAAAGGAGGGCCGAUAUGACGAUAAGGGGGAGUUGAUCCUCCACCCGGUAGAUCGUCUAGGUGAGAACUGUCUCUUUGCGGGCAUUCUCUUCCCUGGAGCACUCUUGUGGUGGGGAUGGGCGGCUGAUAAGCAUACGUUUUGGUUGGUCCCGCUCCUCGGAAAUUUCUUCUACGGAGUUGGUGGAAUGAUUCUCACGAACGUGACCAUGACGAUGCUGACGGAAUUUACACCGAAAAACUCUACCAUCGGCGUCGCCGUGAAUAACCUCAUGCGAAACAGUCUGUCAUGUGUCAGUGCCAUCAUUGCGCAGCCGCUAUUUGAUGCAAUUGGUACGGGUUGGUCGUUCACUGCUGUUUGUUUAUUCUGUCUUCUUAGUGGUGUUCCGUUGAUCCUUCUGCGGAUCAAGCGGGAUGAAUGGAGUCGACAGAUGAAGGCCACGCUAGGGAGCGAAUAG